UCCGUUUAGAUUAUGUUUCUCCAGGUUGAUGCUUAGGCCUGCAAUUUCCUUGCGUCUUGUUUGACCUUUAAUUGAUUCUUAAAAUUUGCCGUCCUCGACAAAUUAGUAUAAACGCACUCCCUGUGAAUGUUUAGGCACUAAUAGCAGAAAAUGAACUCCCCUGCAUUAUGCAAUAGUAAGAAAUUAGAAGGCAAAGUAGUGAUAAUUACUGGCGGAGCUAGUGGCAUUGGUGAAGCCACAGCUCGCCACUUUGCAGAUCACGGUGCACAAGUUGUGGUGAUUGCUGACAUUCAAGAAGAAAAGGGUCUCGAAGUUGCUUCAUCAAUCGGUUCUCGUUGCACCUUCAUCAAGUGCAAUGUAACUGACGAGCAGCAAGUCAGAUCUUUGGUGGAGUCAACUGUUAAGACUCAUGGCAAGCUGGACAUCAUGUUCAGCAACGCCGGCGUCCUCAGGAUGAGUGGCAGUGAACAGAACAUCCUGGACUUCGAUCUCGAAGCAUCUGAUAAUCUCUUUGCUGUUAAUAUCCGGGGGAUGAUUGCUUGUGUAAAGCACGCAGGGCGUGCCAUGGUGGAAUGUGGUGUCAAGGGGAGCAUAGUCUGUACAUCAAGCGUGGCAGCUAGCACGGAUGCUACAAUAUCCAUAGACUACGUUCUGUCGAAGCAAGCAGUGGUGGGGUUAGUGCGGUGUGCAAGUAGAGGGCUGGGUAAGCAUGGUAUAAGGGUAAAUUGUGUAUCACCUGCAGCGGUGGGAACACCGAUGAUGUGCGACUGGAUGCAGACUAAUGAAGAAGGCGUCGAGAAGGCCUUUGAGUCGUCGUGUUAUCUAAAAGGAGGAGCGCUUAAGUCGAGAAAUGUGGCUGAUGCGGUGUUGUUUCUUGCGUCUGAGGACUCUCAGUUUGUCACCGGACAUAACUUGGUUGUGGAUGCUGGUUUCAGGCCUUAGAUGAGAUUGCCUCGUUUAUUUUUAAUGUUAUUGAUUGUUUAUUUUUAACUCUAGGGAUGGUCAUAGAAAUCGAGAAUCAGAACUAAUCGGUUGAUCCGCCGAUUCAGGAUUUAUUUGUCAUCGGUAAAAUGAUUUCUAAGGAUUAGUCGGAGAUUUUUCAAUAAAUCGAGAUUUUAAGAA